AUGGCUUGCGCAGCAACGACAGCCGAGAAGGGGGCAGCAUCAGCACAAGCUGGUCCCAUAUUGCCACCCAACGCAGCUCGUCUGCCACAAACGGCGCAGUUGGAUGCUCUCUUAACGAUCAUCCGAGAUACAUCUACGCCACGAUCGGACUUCAUCUUCUACUCUGACCGAAUUAUUCGUCUGCUAGUGGAAGAAGGACUCAACCACCUUCCCACAGUGCCCAAGAGAGUCAUGACACCCACGGGCUUCGAAUACUCGGGAGUCUCGUUCCAAGGACGAAUCUGCGGUGUAUCCAUUCUUCGUGCUGGUGAGGCAAUGGAAGCUGGUCUGCGCGAGUGCUGUCGCAGUGUCCGCAUCGGCAAGAUCCUGAUUCAGCGUGACGAGGAGACAGCCAAGCCGAAACUCUUCUAUGCCAAGCUACCAGAAGAUAUCGCGGAACGGUGGGUGUUGCUACUUGAUCCAAUGCUCGCAACUGGUGGAAGCGCUAUCAAGGCAAUCGAAGUGCUCAUCGAGAACGGAGUCGAGGCGGAACAGAUUCUUUUCCUCAACCUGAUCGCAAGUCCAGAAGGCCUGAACAACAUGUAUACCAAGUUCCCACAGGUCAAGGUGAUUUCAGCAUGGGUAGAUGAGAGGCUGGAUGAAAAGAGUUAUAUCAUUCCUGGUCUUGGUGACUAUGGUGACCGAUACUACAGCGGUUGA